UAUCCGAGGACGCCGCGGCUACAUUUUUAUUGACAGACGGGGGGUUUAAAGUCAUAUCAAAGGCCUUUUCUUCCUGGCAUUGCAGUCUCAAUGAUCUCACGUUCUCUCUAUAGAAGAGCUGGUGCAGCUGUUAGCUGGAACUCUCGCGCAACGAUGCCCCUCGCUUCGAAGAUCCAGAACCCAGCUUUCAGGGCGCAGAUGGCUACGAAGGCGACAGAUGGCGCUGUUAUUAAGGAGCUCCCCGGAGACGAGGCAGAGGAUGUUCUGUUCGACACAUUAUAUGGUCUGCGCACCAUCGAAUUGAACAGGCCGAAGAAGCUCAACUCGCUGAAUGGAUCGAUGGUACGAAAAAUUGUGCCGCGCAUGCAGGAGUGGACGAAGUCAGACAUGGCGAACAUCAUUCUGCUGAAGGGAGCCGGAGAGAAGGCGAUGUGCGCUGGUGGAGACGUGGCAGAGUUGGCGAAAUGGAACUCGGAGGGACCUGAGGGACAGCAACGAUCAACGGACUACUUCGGCCUCGAAUACAAGCUGGACCAUAUGAUCGCGACUUACAAGAAGCCGUUGGUGGCGCUGAUGGAUGGUAUUACCAUGGGAGGAGGUGUGGGUCUCAGCAUUCACACACCACUCAGGAUUGCUACGGAGAGGACAGUCUUCGCCAUGCCAGAGACGACAAUCGGCUUCUUCCCAGAUGUUGGAGCUUCGUUCUUCCUCCCAAAGAUGGACGGUUCUGUCGGCACAUAUCUCGCUCUUACCAGUGACAGACUAAAGGGUGCCAACGUUUUCUACGCUGGCAUUGCGACCCAUUACAUUCACUCCACGUCGCUACCAUCUCUCGAGGCUCGUCUCGCUGAACUCCGCUUCAACGACUACGACUCUCUCGACACCCGCCUAAAGCUCAUUGACUCCACGCUCGAGGAGUUCACCACCGGCCUACCCCACGAUGAGCCAAUCCAGAUUGCCGGCGCAAUGCGCGAGGCCAUCGACCGCUGCUUCAGCCCCAACAGCGUCCCCGAGAUCAUCGCGGCGCUCGAGGCUGAGACUGGCGAGACCCAAGAGUGGGCCCAGAAGACUCUCAAGACUCUUCAUCAGCGCUCGCCAACCAGCGUCUACGUCACACUCCGCCAGAUGCGCCUCGGCAAGACCUGGAGCAUCAAGGAGACCUUCCAACGCGAGCACCAGAUCGCUGCCAAGUUCAUGCGCCACCCCGACUUCACUGAGGGUGUCUCAGCGCUGUUGAUCCGCAAGCCGGAGCCUGGACAGCCACGCCAGCCACCGAAGUGGCAGCCAGCGUCUCUUGAGGAUAUCAAGGCGAGCGACAACGUCGCGGAGCCGUUCUUCGAGGUUGAGGGCGAGAAGAAGCUCGGCCUGCUAAGCGAGGAGGACUACACCAGCUACCCGCACGCCAAGUACAACUUGCCGACGGAGAGCCAGGUCGCUCAGUAUGUCCGCAGCGACCUGAAGUCGAGGAAGUCCAUCGUCAGGGAUUUCGUGCAGAUGAGGAGCGGGAAGCAGGGCAUUAAGGAGGUGGUUGAGGAGAUUCUGUCGAGAAAGACGACUGUUCAGGAUGGAAAGGCUGUCUGGAUUGACUAAAUAGAUGGAGUAGAUGGGAUAGAUGGAUGGGUAGAUGGGGUGGGUGGAUGGGCUGUGGAUAAGGGGUUGAUGUAGUUGUACGAUAUUGUGGAAUAUACGACGAUGGCGCCUUGGUUGACAGGAAUAUCACCAGUUACACAUACCGGAUCAUCUAUUGCCAUCGCGGCAUGGAUGGUGUUGGAAAAUAAAUUCAUUCUUAUUCCAGGCAGCAAGAGUCAUGUGAUUAAUAGGAGGCCCCUGGGUUUGAGUUUAGCUGACGAGGUGAGGCUGAGUCAUCAGAAUGUUAUCAUCGAAGAACAUCAAAAAUGCCGAGUAUAUAUAGCCGAUGAAAUCCCCC